GGAACCUACAACUCACCAUUACCAGCACGAAACCCGACAAGAAUUGUAACCAUUUUCGAACUAACCCUCGGAAUCCGAAUGCCAACCACCCCAUCCCUGGAAAACCCAAUACCCGCUUUGGGUUCUCUUCCUCAUCCUCAUUUGUAGUACUUUGUGUAAAGUUUUGUAGUCAUUAUCCGUGUAUGAAAAAUCAAAACUCGGAACUGUUUGAUCAGCGGCCGAUAAUGGACUUCGAUUUUUCUCCCUCCAGUCACCGUGGGUCGGCUUCCGACGCCAACUUCGCUUUCGCCUUCAACGACAGCAAUUUCUCCGACCGGACCCUGAGGAUUGAGAUUCUGCCCGACUUGCCCGGCUCCAAAACUGGGGGUGAGAGCUUUAGCAGCGUGGUGGAUUGGGCGCGCAAACGCAAGCGGCGCAGAGAGGAAAUCAAUAAGGAUAAUCCUGUGGAUGAGCUUAUGCGUCGUGAAGAGCAGGGUUUGAACUGUAAUGUGCUGGAUACUGAAGAUGGCCCUGUCUAUGAUGAGGAAGCUGUGGCAAUGGUUGAGGAAACACCAUCAAGGACUGGAAUCAUGAUAAAUGACCCGGUUGCUGAAGCUACUGAGGGCAAUGAUCCAUCCUUGAACACAAACAGCUCAAAUGUCCUUCAUGUUAAAACAAUACACAUCAGUUCUCCAAUCUUGGCAGCAAAAAGCCCCUUCUUUUACAAGUUAUUCUCGAAUGGUAUGUCAGAGUCCGAUCAACGGCAUGUAACUCUACGUAUCCAUGCCUCUGAAGAAGCUGCCCUCAUGGAUCUCCUGAAUUUUAUGUAUAGCAAUACUUUAUCAACAACAACUCCUUCGGGCUUGCUUGAUGUGCUGAUGGCUGCUGAUAAAUUUGAGGUUGCGUCCUGCAUGAGAUAUUGUAGUCGAGUAUUGCGAGAUCUACCCAUGACAUGUGAAUCAGCUUUGCUCUAUUUGGACCUCCCUUCUAGCGUUUUAAUAGCUGCUGCUGUUCAAUCUUUGACUGAUGCUGCCAAGAAGUUUCUUGCUGGGCGUUUCAAAGAUAUAACCAAGCAUCAAGAAGAGGUGAUGAACUUGCCUCUUGCGGGAAUUGAGGCAGUUCUAUCCAGUGAUAGCCUUCAGAUCACUUCUGAGGAUGCUGUUUAUGAUUUUUUAUUGAAGUGGGCUCGAAUCCAUUAUCCAAAUUUAGUGGACCGACGAGAAAUUUUGAGUUCACGAAUUUAUCGCCUCAUUCGUUUCCCCUUCAUGUCGUGCCGAAAGCUGAAAAAGGUCCUAAAUUGCACCGAAUUUUAUCCUGAUCUCAUAUCCAAGCUUGUACUUGAGGCUCUCUUCUUCAAGGCUUCAUAUCGGCAGCGCUCGAUGGCUGUUGACGAGGCUAAUGUUAUGUAUCAUCGCUUUUUGGAGCGGGCAUACAAGUACAGGCCAGUUAAAGUUCUCGAGUUUGAAUCGCCCCGUCAGCAGUGCAUCGUUUACCUAGAUUUAAAACGAGAGGAAUGCUCGAAUCUCUUUCCUGCUGGUAGAGUGUAUUCACAGGCUUUUCAUUUAGGCGGACAGGGCUUCUUCCUCUCGGCCCACUGCAACAUGGAUCAACAAAACUCGUUCCACUGCUUCGGGCUCUUCUUAGGCAUGCAAGAGAAAGGAUCGGUUUCAUUUGCGGUCGAGUAUGAAUUCGCAGCAAGGACGAAGCCAGGGGAGGAGUACGUCGGCAAGUAUAAAGGCAACUACAAAUUCACCGGUGGGAAGGCCGUUGGGUACAGGAACCUGUUUAGUAUACCUUGGCCCGCAUUUAUAGCCGACGAUAGCAUUUACUUCAUCAAUGGAGUUCUCCACCUUCGAGCUGAGCUAACUAUCCGGCCCAACGAUCUACUCGGAGACUAACAAAAUGAAUCGUCUGACUGCUGUAAUUUCUUUCCUUCUUCUAUUGACUUAAGCACAGGACCCCGCAGAGCUUUACAUAUAUGAGCUCUAAUGGUGACUUUUAAAAAGCCAUAAAGCUAAAAACUUUCCUUAGGAUUUUUAGGUUAUACAGUGACUGGUUGAUGUACAUCCUGCUAUUAUCAAAUGUAUGCUAUGCUUACAUGUAUAUUUGCAGAGCUUUAAUCUUUUCUUUCA